AGAUAUCUAAAAUGAAAAAGCAGGAUGUGUAUUAAAUAAUAUAUAUAAUUUGAUGAUAAUCAAGUGAAAAUAAUAAAGAAUUAGUAAUUGAUUAUUAAUAAUUAUUUCUGAAGUGCUCUUUACUUACCAAUACCAACACUCAAUCAUAUAUUACACCACUGUCGACCACAUCCACAAGCCUAUAUCACCAACUACAAUAAUUAAUUAACUAAUUAAUUAAAUUUAAAGCUAUAGCAAAUCAUGAAUUAAUAUCCAUCUCAAUCUCUAUAUAUACACAUAUAUACAUUCCCUUGAAAUUAUUUAUUUAUUUUCCUUCCCAAUAAUCAUAUAUAAUAUUGUUAUGCUCUUCUCUUAAUUUCAUCAAGUUUCAAGCUUUUUUUUUUCUUUUUCUUAGCAUUAUAUAUACAUAUUUAUAUAGUUUAGUUUGCAGGUGAAAACAUUAAUAUGGGAUCAGAGGAGAAGAAGGGAAUCCAAACCCAAUAUAUUUAUGUUGAAAACACUUCAAUUUCAACUAUAGACAACAAAGAAGAAGAAAAAGAAGAAAAAUCAUUAGGUAAUGUAAGUGUAAUGAUGUUACAUCAAAUGAAUUUCCAUCAAAAAUUCAAACCAAAAGAUGAUGACAUAAUCUUAGCCUCCAUUCCCAAAUCAGGCACAACUAAAUGCCUCAAUUCUCUUGUCUUCUCCAUCUUAAAUCGAAACAAUUUACAUGAUCAUAAUAGCUGCCGUUUAAUCUCGACACACAUUCCCUAUGCAUCUUUUCCUGAUUCCAUAAAGCAUUAUUCCAAGUCUCGAAUUGUUUACCUUAGUAGAAACCCUCUUGACGUAAUAGUAACUAACAAUAAGGAGGGUUUUUCUAGUAUGGAAGAGUGCGUGGACAUGUUUUGUAAAGGAGAAAGUGUGUUCGGUCCUUUUUGGGAUCAUGUUUUAGGGUUUUGGAAAGCAAGUUUAGAAAAACGUGAUAAAGUGUUGUUUUUAAAGUACGAGGAAAUGAAAGAAGAUAACAUUGGUCAAGCCAAAAGGGUUGCUGAGUUCGUUGGAAUUCCUUUCUCGAAAGAGGAAGAGAAAAAUGGAAUUAUUGAACAAGUACUACUUAUGAAUAAAUUGAAAGAAGACGAUCAUGAUCAUGAAGUGGGCGAUUGGAUGAAUCAUCUUACUCCAUCUAUGGUAAAGUGUGUUAAUAACAUAAUGAAGGAGAAAUUAUGUGGUACUGGCCUAUCAUUUAAAAUGUCUUAAUUAAUUAGAAGAAAUUGUUUAAGUUGUUUCAUUAAUUUUAUUGUCUUAUUAUAUUUGUUAAUCAAAGUAAUAUUAUUUGAGUUGUGGUGUGUUGUGUGUA